AUGAUCGCUUCUGAAUUCCAUUCCAUUACUUUUGUCGGGCCGUCGACAAGUGCAUAUCUUAUCGUGCGGCGGCCCUGCUUAUCUGCGUUGACCGGGUGUUUUGACGCGGUGUCAAACGCCGCUAGGUAGUUUUGGACGAUUGAUAAUUUGCUUGUACGUUGGAAGCCAGAAAAAGAGUGUGGAGAUAAGAAAGGGGGCGUAGGGAACGAGAUUGCCGUCGUCCUGUGCUGUCGGAGACACCCAUCUCGGAUAGCGGUCAGUUCCUCAUCGAUUAUUCGCCUUCCUGGUCGUCUAUCAAAAUGCGCAUCGGAUUCAUCGGAGCUGGCAAAAUGGCUCAGGCCUUGGCUCGAGGUCUUAUCAACUCAGGUCAGUUUUACAGUUUCCCAGCAUUUUUUUGAACUUUUUCUUGAAUUUUUCAAAAAUCGAUCAAAUUGUUGAAAUCUAAAUCUUUUUCUGAUAUCGGUUAUAGGCCAUUCCGCGCUAGCUUGUCACGUUUUUUUUUCCGCCAAAAAGCCAGGUCAAUUUUAACCAUUUUUCGCUUCAAGCCCUUUGUUUGUUGCCGUUAUAAAAGCAGAAUUUUGAUCUAAUUUGAUAUACGGCCUUUUUGGCGGAAAGAAAAACGUGACAAGCUGGCGCGGAAUAGGCUAUACGAGGAAGUAUUUUAAAUCUCUGGCUGAAUUAUUGUUGGAGAUCGGUUAUAAUAAUACCUUCAGAAUUGGAAAAUGGAUAAAUUAUUUUUUGCAAUAGCUUUUUUUCAGUUGUGAAAUUUCUCGAAUCAUUGAGCAUCAAAUCAAUAGUAGGCUCCAACUGUGCAAAAUUUAUGCUCUAUUCAUUUCUCAACGUUAACUAUUUUGAACCAUGAUAAAUUUUGACCAUCAAACUUUCAGAAAAAGAAAUUGAUAGCGUUGUCCCUCAAUUAUUGCUAGCUUUAUUACGAAUGAAAAAAACUCUUGGAACAUUUUUUUUUUACUUUCCAGAUCCCACAAAUAUUCACAAUUUCUAACCAGCUGUGAAGAAACUGUAAAGUUAUAACUUCGCAAAUUUAUGAAAAAUUUAGAAAAAAAUAUGAAAAAAAGUAGUCAGAUUGAAACAUGACUCUCCAAAGUUAUAGAACUCUGAGAAUUCAAAAAAAUUGCGAGAAAAAAGAUAAAGUUGGGAUUCUAUGAGUUUUUGUUACAUGAUCUUCUCUUCUCAUGAAUCAAGCUGGAUUAUACCAAUGGAAAAUAAAUUUGAAAAAAAUUCUAUUUAAUUCAUCAAAAAUUGAAUUGUUCUGAUUUUCCCUUGAAAAUGCAUUUUUUAAGCUCCCCUUUAUGAAAUUCGCCUCAAUGUUGUUUUAAGAGAUACCAGAACCGACGUGAAAAAAAAUUCCCAGACACUCCGCUUUUUUUUGUAAAAAGUCACUCCACGCGUUACCACGCGUCAAAAAAAAAACCUGACCAAAAUGUUCGCAACUUAUUUUGGUUGAGCAAACAAAUUCAAUGCAAAUAACUCAACAAUUUCUUACUGUAGUUUCAGUACGUUGUGCUCCUCCACUGAAUAAAAAAAUUUGCAGGAAGAAUCGGGGCUGAGAAUAUCAUCGCCAGCUCGCCAAAGCGAGAUUAUCAGUUCAUUGAUCAGUGCAAGGUUUUUUCGAUUUUUGAUCAAAAUUAUCACUGAAAGAUUGUAGACUCUGGGAUUGACGACCACUCACGAUAAUUCAGAAGUCGUUCAUAAAAGUGACGUCAUUGUGCUUGCGGUGAAGCCUAUCCACGUCAGCAAGGUAAGACGACUUCCAAGUUUUAGAAUACUUAGGAACUUUAGAGUGGUCCUUAUAGGGAUUCGAGGGAAAAACAACUCCUAUAGAGCUCGAAAAAGUGGUUUCAUAGAGGUAAAAUCAAAGUGAUCCCCCCUCCGUGAGUUCAUGAUUACCGACUAGCAUGUCCUCUAGAGGGGCCACUAACUAAGAAAAAAACUGUAGAAACCCCUUUGGCAUACUUUAGUAGACCCUAUAGGGGUUGGUUAAGUGGUCUCUACGGGGGACCCUUCAAGGGCCCCUAAGGCUGCCCCUAUAAGGACCACUCUGGGGUUCCUCAGUUGUUUUUUCUCUUGCAUUUUCCAAAAAUGAAAAGUAGACGUUUUACAGGUAACUUCGGAAAUCGCACCUGCUUUGAGCAGAGAACAGCUCGUGGUUUCGAUCGCCCUCGGUAUCACGAUCAGAAAUAUUGAAUCGGUAAGAGAUCAUCCACGGAUUAGGGAUCAUUUUCCCUCUCUCAGCUACUUCCUACCAAGUCGCGAGUUGUGAGGGUCAUGCCAAACACUCCAGCUGUGGUCAGAGCUGGAGCAUCGGCUUUCGCCAUGGGAUCCGCUUGCAGAGACGGCGAUGCCGAAAUCGUUAAAGUACUUUUUUCACUUUCAUGGUGAUCUAUGUACAAAACUUUGUUCAGGACCUCCUCAGCACGGUUGGAUUUGCCGUUGAAGUUCCAGAAGUUCAGAUUGAUCCAGUAACAGGUUUAUCUGGAUCGGGUCCAAGUUAUGUAAGUAGACUUUGAAAAAAUUUUUUCGAAAGUUCUUUUUUUUUAGAUGUUUGCUGCUAUAGAAGGACUAGCUGAUGGUGGAGUUAAAGUUGGACUUCCGAGAGAUUUGGCAAUUAAACUAGCGGCUCAUACGCUGUAUGGAGCUGCCAAGAUGGUUCUGGAAACAGGUUUCAACGAUUUCUAAAAAAUCUCUUUGAAAACUAUUUACAUAAAUCCAAGAAGCUGGAUUUUCCAUUUUAUGAGUUUUUUUUUGAAACAUGAACUCUAUAACUCAAUUUUUUAUUCGUUCAUGCCCAGGAGUUCAUCCCGCACAACUCAAAGAUGACGUCCAAAGUCCAGGAGGUUCUUCCAUCUACGGUAUGCACAAACUGGAAACUGGUGGCCUAAAGGUUUUUCUUCCCUUCCACCACAUAGCCAUGAUUUUCUUCUUUUUUAGGGUAUUUUGAUUGAUGCUGUAGAAGCUGCGACAAACCGAUCUAGGGCAACUGGAGACAAAGCCCUUCCACGAGACUUUAGAAAUGCCGAAAUGUAAUUAUCAUUGUGAAUGUUAUUGUAUGAAAACGUCCUUUAUGUACCGCUUCUGCUUUGUUUUCCCCUUGUACAAGCACUCGACUUUUCCCGUGUUUUUCAUAAUAAAUUAUGUCUUUUUUUAGUUCAUAGAUAUCUUUGGCUUAAUUUACAUAUGAAGUAUGGGUUCGACUGACUCAAGUCCCAUUUCAGGGAAAAGAAAAUCGAAGAGGAAAAGACGGCCAGCAAUCCGAACAAUCAAUUAUUGUAA